UACAUAGGAUUCGCCGGUGAUUGCUUGAUCAGCUAGAUUCUACUCUAGUAUGUGCGAAAUUUGUUUGGAGGCGUAUUAUUUAUUUAUUUAUUUAUUGUGGAUGGAUGCACUCGAGAUGCUCUGUAUGUGUCACCAAGCUGGGACCAUCCAUCCAUCCAUUUACAGCUUUUUAUAUUUUAUUUAUUUUGCACUCAAAAUAAUCCUACUAGCUUUAGUACCAUCAGGCUUUAGGUUUCUUCUUACUACUGGAGUUAUCAAUGGCUGACAGGUUGAUAUACUAAACAAUCCUGCAAUUUCUGUUACCCAUUUUCAGCUUGAUCAGCUGUUUUCAUCAGUGAUUUGCAUUACCCUCGCCGCUGCUCUGCUCUGCUCCCUACAUACAUAACCUAGGACUCUUAUCUGUUUUAUCAGGAGCACUCUUUGGUUGCUAUUCUAUUAUUAUUAGUUUCACAAAGACCGCUUGCAACUCUUCUUGAUGCGUUGUGCUUUGUGCUCUCUAGGAUGGCAUGUGGAUGCAUCGAAUUCAAUGUAGGAUAUAUCCCAUGAUGAUAUAUCUUGUUUUGAUGCAGUACUUUUCUAUAUCGUUUCGAGGAAUUGUUUCAAGGGAUCGUUUCAAGGGAUCAUGGAUGCACGUAUUUUCUGUAGUUGGCCCCAUCACCUGGAAUACCGCUUGCUCGUUUCUCAAGUGCCAAACUGAUGAUGUUCGCAAGGAGGCUCAGAUCAUGAAAUUGAUAGACCAUCCUAACGUCAUCAAGGCUUAUUGCUCAUUUGUUGUCGACCACAACCUUUGGGUCAUAAUGCCCUUCAUGGCAGAGGGUUCAUGUUUACACCUAAUGAAGGUCGCACAUCCUGACGGCCUGGAGGAGCCUGUCAUCUGCUCUAUUCUUAAAGAAACACUCAAGGCUCUCGCUUACCUCCAUGGCCAAGGACAUAUCCACCGAGAUGUUAAGGCGGGCAAUAUCCUUGUUGAUAGCCCUGGUGUAGUGAAGCUUGGGGACUUUGGCGUAUCUGCUUGCUUGUUUGACAGAGGCGAUAGGCAAAGAUCCAGGAAUACAUUUGUGGGAACACCGUGCUGGAUGGCUCCAGAAGUUCUCCAGCCUGGAACCGGUUAUAAUUUCAAAGCUGAUAUUUGGUCAUUUGGAAUAACUGCACUGGAGCUUGCACAUGGCCACGCUCCCUUCUCUAAGUACCCUCCCAUGAAGGUUCUUCUCAUGACCCUUCAAAAUGCACCACCAGGUCUUGACUAUGACCGUGAUAGAAAAUUCUCAAAGUCUUUCAAGGAAAUGGUUGCAAUGUGCUUGGUAAAAGAUCAAACUAAGAGGCCAACAGCUGAGAAGUUACUAAAGCAUUCGUUUUUCAAGAACACAAAGGCCCCACAGCUGACAGUUAAGAGCAUCUUAACCGAUUUGCCCCCUCUGUGGGAUCGUGUGAAGGCACUCCAGCAAAAAGAUGCAGCACACCUGGCUUCAUCCGAACAGGAAGCACUUUCCAUGAGUGAGUAUCAACGAGGUGUCAGUGCAUGGCACUUUGAUAUUGAGGAUCUGAAGGCUCAAGCAUUACUGAUUAAUGAUGACGAUCCACCUGAAUUGAAGGAAGAUGAUGACAUCGCCCGAAUAACUGAAGUUGAUAAGGGCACAUCUUUUGAGAGUCAUUUUGGACAAUCAACGCUUCUGAAUGGAAAUAACCACAGGUUGAAUCAUGAACGAACUUGUACCACUGCAGUAAAUCCAGGUGGAAAUGGCCCUGAAACAAGUGAUGUAUUCACUUCUGACCUUGGCAAUGCUGAUAGUCCAAGGAUGGUUGAUGGACACACAAAGCAAGGAUCAGAAAAUGGUUCAUUGUCCUCUACAUCGAAGCAAGGUUCUGAGGGUGGAAAUCACAGGAGUGAAGUUAGACAAAGACAAAGGACAUUCUCUGGUCCGGUUAUGUAUUCCGGUACCCGCAGUAGUUCACUGAUUGAAAGAGGUUAUAUUAUUGAUAAGGAUGCAGGAGCUCGAUCACCUAAUAAACAAAAGAGUGACACGGGAAGAAUCGAUGAUCUUAGUGGUCCGCUUUCACUUUCAACUCGUGCUUCUGCAAAUAGUCUGUCUGCCCCUAUUCGGUCUUCUGGAGGAUAUGUGGGCUCCUUGGGAGACAAGCCUAGGGUGGAAAUAAAAGGCCGAUUUUCCGUAACAUCCGAAAAUGUGGAUCUGGCGAAGGUUCAGGAAAUUCCAGUGGUCAAAAUUUCACCUAAACCACAGGAGGUAAGAACUCAGGUCUCUACAAUGAAAAGAUCAGCCAGUGUUGGUGCUUGGCCAGUGAAGGCUAAGUCAAUGUCUAAUAGUCAUCAUCGAAGGGAAUUCCGUGACAGCUCAGUAUCUGCAUCAAUUCUGAUUCCCCAUCUUGAAAACCUUGUACAGCAGACCACAUUCCAGCAAGAUAUCAUCACGAACCUAAUGAGUAACUUGCAACAGAAUGAGAAACCCAAUGGGCCGCAGACUAGAGUUCAGACUAUGGUGGGUGAUACAGGGGUUGAAACGGGCAGUGCUGAGAGAGAACGGAAACUACUUGCUAAAGUAUUCGAAUUACAGUCAAGGAUGAUUUCUUUAACCGACGAGCUGAUUGCAUCAAAGCUGAAGCAUGUUGAGCUGCAAGAAGAGCUGAAUAGACUCUACUGCCAAGAAGAAACAGGCGAGACAAGAGAGGAUGACUACAGCGGAGACCUUUGAGUGGUACAAGGAGGGAGUAUUCAUUCUCAAGUGACGCCCUGGCUGGUGCUGGUGCAGGUGCAUCGAGGCUUUGAGUUGCCGCCUGCUUCCUGUUGGUGAGAGGAAGCAAUAUAUAUAUAUAUAAUGUCUUGGAAACCCUAGAUGAUUGGGAAGCAGAGUGAGCUGUCUCUAGGAGGCAUAUAUAGCAGGAGAAUAUACAUACAUAUAUGCUGGUUGGUUGAUGGUCUCUAGUUGGAGGAAGGAUUUUAUCUUGUUGCUAUAUGUGUGUGUGUGUGUGUCUGUCUGUACAUAGCAGUAUCUAUCUACAGUAGUAGUUAGCAGCAUCUGUAGGUAGUAUGGUUUGGUUUUGUUGAACUGACUUGAGUUGCGGUCCGGUAUCCAUUCAUUUUGGCCGCGCCGCGCUUAUCAGUGGGAGGGAUGGAUGGCCCAUUAAAUUGAUGCAAUGCACAAAAGUGGUACGAGAAUGAA